AGGGCAAAAGGGUGGUGGGUUAGGGUGUGCAGGGGUCAAGGGGCAAAAGGGUGUUGGCAUGGACUGUAGGGGUCAGAGGUUAAAGGGUCAGAGGGCAAGGGGUGUUGGGUUAGGCACUGGGGAUCAAGGGGCAAGAGGGGGCUGGGCUGACAGGAUCAAGGGGGAAUAGGGUUAGGGGCUGAGGGAGGGCAGGGGCUAGAGGUCAAAGGGCAAGAGGGGUUGGGUUGAAGUGGUUCUGGGGCUAUGGAGUCAGGGGCAGCACAGCUAGCGGGUCUGUCUCAGAGGAUAGUGGAUCUGAGGGUGUCUGAGCAGGGUCAGGGGGUGUCAGAGCUUGUGCAACAGGUGGUUGCAGGGUCCGUGGGGCAGGGAGCAUCAGGGUUGAUGGGACAGGAUCAGGAGUUGGCCCAGCAGGCAGCCAUGGGUUUAGUGGGGCAGGGGACACUGGUGUUGGCACAACAGACAGUCAUGGAGUUUGUGGGGCAGGAUCCAGGGGCACCAGGGCUGGUGGGGCAGGAUCAGGGGGAAAGGGAGUUUGUCAGUUUGGGUCAGGGGUCGCUGGGACACAGUAUGCCAAGAUUAGUAGUGACAGCGGAGGCAGGACAGUCUCCAGGCAGGACAGAGGUGGUUGACAAAAGGGAUUCGGCAGUGUGGGGUCUUGGGAAGAGGGAGGUGGUGGGUGUUGGGGUGACAGGCUUGGCAAGAUGGAGUUGUGAGGUAAUGCAGUUGGGGGGAUAUAGGAUGGUGGGUUUGGCAGGUUUAAUGAUACAGAGAUCUAGAGUACCUGGGUUGGCUGGAUGGGGUCAGAAGAUACUGGGGUUGGAGGUAGAGGGAUAUGCAGUGACAGGACAGGGGCAGCAGGUGAGUGGGUUAGUGGACUUGGUGACGGUACCCAGGGUAUCAGGCUUGAAGGACACAGAUUACAGGACUAUGGAAUUGGUAGGGUUGGCAAGACAGGACCAGGGUGUAGUAGUGGCGGGACCAGGAAUGGUGGGACAAAACCCUGAUGUGACAGGCUUGGCAGGAUGGGUUCAGGUAUCAAGGGGGCUGAAGGCAAAAGUAGGACCGGGUAAGGAGGUCGUAGAAGCAUCUGGGAUGGUGGGAAAAGGGGUGACAGGGCUCGCAGGCCAGGAUCGGGGGCUUAGUGUGUUGAAGGUGGUGGGAAAUAAAGUGGCUAAGUUGUCGGGACAAAGUCCAGAGGUGCUGGAGUUGGAAGGGGCAGUGAGAUGGGAACGUGGGGUGGCAGGGAUGGCAGGAUAUGAGGGGCUGGGUCGGGAGGGACAGGGUCGUGUAUUGGGAGUGACGGAGGCAGUGGGGCUCAGGAUGGCAGGUUUGGCAUUGGAAGGGCACGGGGUGAGGGAGUUAGUGGGACAGGGUCAGCCCUUGGCAGAGUUGGUGGUGGCAGGGCACAGCGUGCAGGGGCUGGCAGGACAGGGUCAUCGGUUGGCAGGCGAGCGACCUGGGGUGACAGAGUCCGUGGGAUGGGGAUUGGCAAUGGAGGGGUACAGGGCAAGGAGGUUGGCAGUACGGGGUCAGGGGGUUACAGGGUUGGAGGUGGUUGGGCACGGGCUCACUGGGUUAUUGGGACAUGAUCGGGGAGUUCCAGGGCACAGCAUCACAAAGUGGGGUCAGGGGGCACCUGAGUUAGCAAAGACAGGACACCGUAGAUGGGGGUGGGCACAGCAGGAUCAGGGAAUGACUGAACUGGUGGUGGUGGGACACAGGGUGACUGGCCUGAUGGGGUGGGGAAGGGGGGCUGUGGGAUUGGCAGGGACGGGACAGGGCAUGGGGUAACAAGGAACACUGGGCACAUGGGACCAGGAAACAGGAAGGUGUAAUAGGAUUGGGGCUUAUGGGGGUCAGGGUAGUGAAGGGGAGGGGACGCAGGUUACGGUUUGGGGGUGCAGUAAUGUGGUAAGCAGUAUGAAGUCAGUGGGGUGGGGGCCAGGGGUUAGCAGGUAAUGACAAUGGGAUGGAGUGACAAGGGAUGGGUCAGGAAGGGGUCAUAGGGUGGGCCAAGAUUGGGUGUAACAGGGACACCAGGGCAUCAAUAGAUCAGCGGGUGGGAGAUUAGAAAGGGGUGAAGGGCUGCGAAGGGCUAAUAUGGGAUAAGGGAUACGUUACAGCAACCGCAUGGGCAAGGUGGCGGACAGGGAAGUGGCCAGGGUUAGAGGAGAGAAUCCGAGGGUCUGGGCUCCUGACUCCACCCUGUCUCUGGGACAUCAGCCUUGCAGACAAGCCAAGCCAGCGAGCUAAGUGAAGAUGGGUUAUACCAGCCUUGACGACAUCUAGGCAUUGCUGUUGGGGGCCAGCCGUCUCCCAGGCUCCGCACUGGACAGACGGUGUCCCCGUCCCUGCCUCUCCCCAGCACCCUUAACAGGUCUCUGCCUUUCCCCAUAGGCAGGGAUUUGGUAGCUGGUGCUCAGAGAAAACUCUCCGUUAUAUCCUGCAGCUAGGUCCAUAGUUUGCCGGCUGCAUUUCAGGCCCGGAGAGACAAGUUUAGCUAGACCCAAGGACUGGUUUGUGCGAGCCAUGUUGGACCAAGGGUGCAGGGAAAAGUGGGGGGUCUGUAUCCCUGUGGAAUACCCUCCCAAGGAAAGCGCUGGAAUGGACUAUUUGCUACCUCUUAGAAAAGUGUGAAGGGAGAAGUAAGUCUAGACCCAGGCCCCCAUCCUGUCGCAUCUUGUUGCAGGAGCAGUCUUCCCCGGGAAAGAGAAACCGUGGAAGUGGAGUCUGACGAGGAGGAGGAGUUCUCAGCUCACACAGGUGAUUCAGAGACAGGCAGCCCCGAGCGCAGGCUGGGCUGCCAGGGGACCCAGGAGCUGGACAGUUCGUCCCAGCAGUUGCUUGACCAGAAUGAGGCCGGUUCCCAGCAUGCACUGGAGCAGGACGACAGCACUUCGGCCACGAGCAAAGCUAUCGGGGCGCGAGGCGAAGAGCAAGGGAGCAGUAAAAUGCAGAGCAAUCCUCCCCAACAGCACCAUGCACUGCGCAGUGAGAUUGCACCAGACAAAAUGACGGGGAGCAAUCCUGUGUCGCCGGCCUCUUCGGGGUCACCUGCCUCCAGUGGCAGCAUCUCACCAUCACACCUCACUCACGAUUCCUCUCUGGACAGUCACCUGGGCUUUGAUGUGCCCAGGCUGCAAAGCAAAGCUCUGGCGUCCCCAGGAGUUUACGCCUCGGACCCGGCCAGCAUGUGGGACAAGACGCAUGCUGAGAUCGCUGAGCAGGCCAAGCAUGAGGCGGAGAUUGAGAACCGCAUCGCGGAGAUGAAGAAGGAGGGUUUCUGGUCUUUGAAGAGGCUCUCCAAGGUGCCGGAGCCAGUUCGCCCCAAGGUACACUGGGAUUACCUCUGUGAGGAGAUGCAGUGGCUUUCGGCAGACUUUGCCCAGGAGCGACGCUGGAAGAGGGGAGUGGCCAGGAAGGUCGUGCGGAUGGUGAUCCGGCACCAUGAGGAGCAGAAGCAGAAGGAGGAGCGAGCCAAGCGGGAGGAGCAGGCCAAGCUGAGGCGCAUCGCCUCCUCCAUCGCCAAAGAGGUCAAGCAGUUCUGGAGCAAUGUGGAGAAGGUGGUGCAGUUCAAGCAGCAGUCUCGCCUGGAGGAGAAAAGGAAGAAGGCCCUGGACUUGCAGCUGGACUUCAUCGUGGGCCAGACGGAGAAGUACUCAGAUCUGCUGACUCAGAGCCUCAACGAGACCUUUCCCAUGGCCAGCAAGACUGGCUCCUCCUCCCACAUCAGCUCCUCCCACGCUGGCUCCACCGCUUCCAGCCCUCCGCCACCUCCACACCUCACCGACGAAGAAGAUGGGGACUUCCAGCCCCAUGAGGAGUCAGACGACGAGGAGACGAUUGAGGUGGAGGAGCAGCAGGAAGGGAACGACUCGGAGACGCACCGGCGUGAGAUAGAGCUGCUGAAACAGGAGAGUGAGCUGCCCCUGGAAGAGCUGCUGCAGUCCCUGCCCACCCAGAUCCUGGAGAAUUCCUGCAGCACUGCCCCCUCCAUCUCCAGCUCCAACAACAACGAGGAGGAGGAGGCAGUGGGGGAGAGUGACGAGGAGGAGAAAGCAAAGUCCGUCAUGCAGAGGAACAAAAGGCCGUGGAAGCCUGACAAGGAGGAUGAGGAGUUCACGGCCAACGAGGAGGAAGCUGAGGAUGAAGAGGAGACGAUCGAUGCUGAAGAAAAGCUGGAAGGGGACAUGGAUCACAGGAAGGAACUGGAUGACUUGGCCCAGGAAGGGGAGCUGCCCAUGGAGGAGCUGCUGCAGAGAUACGCCGGUGCCUACGCCUCGGACUUGGAGAUGGAUGAGUCGGAUAGCUCCUCGGAUGCCUCGGAGCCCAGCACCUCGGAGUACGAGGAGGAGUCAGAGGACGAGGACAGCAGCACCCAGUCAGACUCCACCAUAGAGGAGGAGAGCGAGGAGGAGGAGGAGAGCGAGGAGGAGGAGGAGGAUGUCCCUGCUGAGGAAGCGACGGCGGCGAGCCGAGAGGAAGACUUCGGCGUGGAGUACCUGUUGAAAAGGGAUGAGGAUCGGGGAGAGGGGGGUAAUGACGCAGCCCCCGCCCUGGGGCCCAAGAAGGAGAUCACAGACAUCGCAGCCACUGCCGAGAGCCUGCAGCCCAAGGGCUACACCCUGGCCACCACCCAGGUGAAGACGCCCAUCCCUUACCUGCUGCGGGGGACCCUGCGGGAGUAUCAGCACAUCGGCCUGGACUGGCUGGUCACCAUGUAUGAAAAGAAGCUCAACGGGAUCCUGGCAGAUGAGAUGGGGUUGGGCAAGACCAUCCAGACCAUCUCCCUGCUGGCUCACCUGGCCUGCGAGAAGGGUAGCUGGGGUCCCCACCUGAUCAUCGUGCCCACCAGUGUGAUGCUGAACUGGGAGAUGGAGAUCAAGCGCUGGUGCCCCAGUUUCAAGAUCCUCACCUACUAUGGGGCACAGAAGGAGCGCAAGCUGAAGCGGCAGGGCUGGACCAAGCCCAAUGCCUUCCACAUCUGCAUCACCUCGUACAAGCUGGUGCUGCAGGACCACCAGGCGUUCCGGCGCAAGAACUGGAAGUACCUGAUCCUGGAUGAGGCCCAGAACAUCAAGAACUUCAAAUCCCAGCGCUGGCAGUCGCUGCUCAACUUCAACAGUCAGAGGCGGCUGCUGCUGACAGGCACCCCCCUGCAGAACAGCCUGAUGGAGCUCUGGUCCCUCAUGCACUUCCUGAUGCCCCACGUCUUCCAGUCGCACCGCGAGUUCAAGGAGUGGUUCUCCAAUCCCCUGACAGGCAUGAUCGAGGGUAGCCAGGAGUACAACGAGAGCCUGGUCAAGCGGCUGCACAAGGUGCUGCGGCCCUUCCUCCUGCGGAGGGUGAAGGUGGAUGUGGAGAAGCAGAUGCCAAAGAAAUACGAGCACGUCAUCAAGUGCCGGCUGUCCAAGCGCCAGCGCUAUCUCUACGACGACUUCAUGGCCCAGGCCACCACCAAGGAGACUCUGGCCACGGGGCAUUUCAUGAGCGUCAUCAACAUCCUGAUGCAGCUGCGGAAGGUGUGCAACCAUCCCAACCUCUUCGACCCCCGGCCCAUCCACUCGCCCUUCAUCACCGAGGGCAUCUGCUUCAGCACCGCCUCCCUCGUCCUGUGCGCCCUCAACCGGGAUCCCUUUAAGCAUGUGGACAUGGGCAUUUUCGACCUCAUCAACCUGGAGGGGCGCGUGUCCCGCUACGAGGCCGACACCUUCCUGCCUAAGUGGAAGGUGACAAGGAAGCUGAUUGAGGAGAUCGCCGAGUCCCCGGACCCCCCGCCCAGGCCCAAGCCUGUCAAGAUGAAAGUGAACAGGAUGCUGCAGCCGGUGCCAAAGCCAGAGAACCGGACCGUGGUGCUGGUGAACAGCCCUCGCCCCGUGGCCCCCUUGCAGAGACCUAUGACUCCUGUGUUGCCAGAGGCCCUGGCCCCCAUGCACCCCAUGGGCCCGGUUCUCCCGGGGCCCGUUCAGCCUCCCCUGCUCCCUCACCCCAUGGCCGUACCCAUCUCGCUGCCCCUCCCGCCGUCCCCGGUGCCGGUGCCUCCCGCUACCAGGCCGCAGGGCCCAACGCUAGUGCCUACGCUGAGCCAGAACAACGCCGCUGCCGCCAUGCUCCAGGCCCCGGUGUCCGCCCCACAGGUCCUGCCCACACUGAUGCCUGCGGCCCAGCUGGUUCCGAAUGCCCCCCAGCCCCCCGUGCUGCCAGCCCCUGCCACCACUGCUGCUGCCUCCACUCUCAAGCCCGGCCCAGUGCCAGCCCCCGCCAUGCGGCUAGCCACCAACCCCCUGAGCCCGGGCGCCGUGGGGAGCAUGAUGAAGCCAGUGACAGUCCAUUCCACCACCAACACCCUGCCUGGCUACAACUUCCCGGCCACCAGCGCUGUGCAGCAGAGGCUGCUGCUCUCCCCGGACAUGCAGGCCCGGCUGCCCUCGGGCGAGGUGGUGAGCAUCGCACAACUGGCCUCGCUGGCCAACCGGCCCCUGCAGAGCGCCCCAGGCAGCAAGCCCCUCACCUUCCAGAUCCAAGGCAACAAGCUGACCCUGACAGGCACCCAGGUGCGGCAGGUCACCAUGGCCCAGCCCCGACAGCUGCAAAGGAAUGUAGUUCACCUGGUCUCUGCCGGGGGGCAGCACCACAUCAUCAGCCAGCCGGCCCAGGUGGCUCUCAUCCAGGCCAUGACCCAGCAGGGCGGGCAGGCGCAGGGUGGGGUGCAGGCCAUGUCAGGCCCCCAGCCCACCACCAUCCUGCCCGCCCCAGCCUCUGCCACCACGGCAGCCGCCACUUCAGCAGCCAUCAGCGUCCCCAUAGCUACCACGCAAGUGCCCUCCUCCAUGGUGAACAGCUCUGGUGUGGUGAAGAUCGUGGUGCGGCAGGCCCCGCGGGACGGCCUGGUGCCUGCCCCGGCCCUACAGCAGCCUCCACGCCCAGCCACAGCCACCACCCUGCCUAGCCUGCCAGCCGCCCUGAUGGCACAGCGAGCCCAGCUCCCCGUGGCACCCAUGCCGCCCGUGCGGUUGCCCACUCAGCCACUGGUUCCGGUGCGGGCACCCACCCCACUGCAGGCCCUGGUGCGACCCAUGAUCCGGGUGGUGCAGGCGCCAGCGCCCAGCAUGGAGCAGUCAUCUCCAGCACCGGCUCCACCUUCUCCCGUCACGGCCGCCCCUCUUCCCAUCCCCCCUGCCACCACCAUCGCUGCUGCUGUCUGCCCCGCGCUGGCUCCCCGGCCCGCAGCCGCGCCCAGCCCGGGGCCCAAGGAGGAACCUGAGACACUAAUGCUACGCUCCACCACGCCCACCCCGCCUCCCCCGUCGCCACGGGCCCCACGGCACAGACGGCAGCCCCCUCCCCCACCCCGGUCCCCCUUCUAUCUGGAAUCACUUGAAGAGAAGCGGAAGAAGCAGAAGGAGGAGCGCCUGGACCGGCUCUUCCGCCUCAACGAGCAGCACUGCAACCUGGCCCCCAUCUAUGGCACCGAGGUGCUGCGCCUCUGCACCCUCCUCCCACCCGGCCCCCCUCGGGAGCAGGAGGAGGAGGGGCAGGAAGUGGCACCCGAGCUGGAUGGCUGGAGGGGGGCCAGCUACAGCCAUUGCUACAUGGCACAGAUGCAUCGGGACCCCCAGCACCUAGAGGCGUAUUGGCAGCAGGCCACAGCCAUUGCCCAGGCCAUCCUGACCCCCCAGCAGAGGGUUGAGCAGUUGGCAGACAUCGUUGAGAGGUUCAUCUUUGCUAUGCCUCCCGUGGAGGCGCCUGCCAUCACCAUUCACACCUCUCACCCGCCCCCGUCACUCCUGCUCCACCAGGCCAUCUUCAAGGAGACGCUGCGGCGGGAGAUCUCACCCCGCGCCAGCGGCCUGCAUCGCAUCGUCUGCAACAUGCGCACCCAGUUCCCCGACCUGCGCCUCAUCCAGUACGACUGCGGGAAGCUCCAGACCCUGGACCUGUUGCUGCGACAGCUGAAGGCCGGGGCGCACCGGGUCCUCAUCUUCACCCAGAUGACCCGCAUGCUGGACGUGCUGGAGCAGUUCCUCAACUACCAUGGGCACAUCUACCUGCGCCUGGAUGGCAGCACCCGCGUGGAGCAGAGACAGGCGCUGAUGGAGCGUUUCAACGCUGACAAGCGCAUCUUCUGCUUCAUCCUGUCGACACGCAGCGGAGGCGUGGGGGUGAACCUGACGGGCGCUGACACUGUGGUGUUCUACGACAGCGACUGGAACCCCACCAUGGACGCCCAGGCCCAGGACCGCUGCCACCGCAUCGGCCAGACCCGCGAUGUCCACAUCUACAGGCUGAUCAGCGAGCGGACAGUGGAGGAGAACAUCCUGAAGAAGGCCAAUCAGAAGAGGAUGCUGGGAGACAUGGCCAUUGAGGGCGGGAACUUCACCACAGCUUACUUCAAACAGCAAACCAUCCGGGAGCUCUUCGAAAUGCCCCUGGAUGAGCCAGCCAAGAAGGAAGGGGAGGUCCUCACCAUGGCGCAGGAGGACGAGGAGGAUCCCAUGGCCAACAAGCAGACCCAGAUCCUGGAGCAGGCGCUGUGCAAGGCUGAGGACCCUGAGGACAUCCGGGCGGCCACGCAGGCCAAGGCUGAGCAGGUGGCAGAGCUGGCCGAGUUCAACGAGAACAUCCCCCUGGAUGCGGACGAGCGGCCCAGCAAGGAGGAGGAGGAGGAGAUGUCGAAGGCUGAGCAGGAGAUCGCCUCGCUCAUGGAGCAGCUCACCCCCAUUGAACGCUAUGCCAUGAACUUCCUGGAGGCCUCUCUGGAAGACAUCAGCCGAGAGGAGCUGAAGCAGGCAGAGGAGCAGGUGGAGGCUGCCCGGAAGGACAUAGACCAGGCCAAGGAUGAGGUGGUGUUCAAGCUGCCCGACGACGAGGACGAGGGUCGGCUCAGCGAGGAAGGCUACAUCAAAAAGAGCAAGAAAGCCAAGGUGCCCAGCCGUGCAGGCCCAGAGCGCACUGGCACACGCAUGAGUGAGCGACUGCGGGGCACUCGCCUCUCCCUGCGCGAGGCAGAUGGAGUGGACACCGAGUCACCCCAGGCCCGGCUCCCCAGCCUGCGCCACCUGCGGGGCCACCAUGCUAGGCUGGAGGCUGAGGAGGCAGAAGACCACCUGUCCCUGGUGGCCCAGCACACACGUGGCGCGGCCAUCCGCAGGGACCUGGUGCGGGAGGAGACGCCAGCUCCGACUCGCAAGGCCAUGGCCAAGAGGGAGGAGUCGGGGACCAAGGUCCCAGGGGCUGGCGAGAGGGUGCUGCGGCCCAUCCCUCACAGAACAGAGGCCCCCGUCAUUGGGGAGAGGGUGCUCCGGACCUCUCCACAGAGACCUGAACCCCCUGCCACCGGAGACAAGGUGCUGCGAGGCACCCCCCAGAGAGCUGAGCCCUCAGCCACCAUAGAGCGGGUGCUCCGAGCCAUCCCUCAGAGAGCAGACAUCCCCGGGGACAGGAUGCUACGAGGUGCCCCGCAGCGAGCAGAGUCCCUGGCUACCAUGGAGCGGGUGCUGCGCAGCGCCCCCCUGAGAACAGACGCUCCAGCUCCUGGGGACAGGGUGCCCCGGCUGGCCCCACUCAGACCAGAGGCACCUCCUGCUGGGGAGCAGGACCUGAGACCUGAGGCACCAGUGACUGGUGCGAAGCUCCUCCAGCCAAGACCUGAGGUAGCACCUGCCGGAGAGGAGACCCCCCAGCCAACACUCCCAGCUACUGAGAUGAGGAUGGUCUUGGGGGCGCCGGCCCUGCUAGGGCAUGAGAGCACAGCACCCACAGGGGAGCUAGCCUCAAAGAAGCCCCCCGUUGAGCACAUGCUGAGGGUGGAACCCCCACCCACUUGGGAAAAGGUGCUGGGAUCCAUGGAGCUCUCCACAAGGGUGAAGAUGGGGAGCGUGGAACCAUCUUCUGCCUCAGAGAAAGUUCCCCUACCAGCCCCCUGCAGCCUGGAGAUCCCAGCCUCCCACAAGCCGGUGCCAAGCCCAGAGACGCCAGCCUCUGGGGAGGAGCCACCUGAAGAAGCCAAGGGAUCUUUGGGCAAAGCUGAGGUAGCCGGAGAGCUGGCCCAACGCUCAGUGGAGCUGGACAGUGUGGACAUGAAGAGGGGAGAGCCAGACAGGCGUGCCCUGGAGGAGCUGGAGAGCCUGGCCCCCGAUGGGCCCGCAGCAGAGCUCCCCCCGGAGAUGCCUGCCCACUGCGCUGCUAGGACAGGGGUUGAACUGCCCGCUGCUGAGCCUUUCUCCACCACAGAGGGCAAAGGGCCAGGAGAGGUGGAGCCCCAGCCAGCCUGGCCUCUCUCGGGCUCCCUGAACCAGCCGGUGGAGGCUGCCAACUCCCUGCCUCGACUGAAAACGCCGCCCCCCAGCAAGGAGCACAACGGGCUAGAGCGGCCUUCCCCUCUCUCCAACAGCCUGGCCGAACCCCAGCCCAGGGAGCUGGCCCAGGGUGCCACAGAGCCACUGGAGAUAGCCAUUGGGUGCAGCAGCAGCCUGAAGGAGGUGUCCAAGAGGGGGCUGGGCGACCAGGAAGAGAAGCCCCCAGACGGAGUGAGUGCAGCCAGCACCGCCUCCCUGGGGCUGGGGGAAAUGCAGCCAGGGACGACCUCCUCCUCGGACAGCCCGUCGCCAGCCAAAACACCGCGCCGGCGCACCAGCGCUGACGUGGAGAUCCGGCAGAACCACCAGGGCCAGGACGGCCCGGCUGCCAAGGUCUUGCGCAAGCUGCCAGGCCGCCUGGUCACCGUGGUGGAAGAGAAGGAGCUGAUCCGACGCCGGCGCAACCGCAUCCACAAGCUGGACACCACCGGCAGCACCGUGGUGAGCCCCAGCAGCAGUUCGGCCCACAGCAUCUCCGAGCUGGAGUUGUCCCCCUCCAGCAAGGACCUGCCGCUGCUCCGUGACCUCCCCGCCCGCCGCAGGAUUGAGCUGGAGAGCCGGGCCGCCAAGGAGAGGGGAGACGAGGGGUCUGGGCUGGAGCUGCCCCCCAGCCUGCCCCCGCCGCCCCUCAAGCGUAAACGCGGCCGGCCCCCCAAGAACAAGUCUCCAGAGCAGCCAAGCCAGGGGGAAGCGCAGGCACCACCCAGCACCCAUGUACCCCGCGUCAGGAAGCCAGAGAUCAAGACUCCCGAGCCAUCCUCACCCAAGACCCUGAAGCAGCCAUGCAAGGGGGAGGCACGGCCACCGCCCGGCACCCUGAAGCCACGUGCCCAGAAGCUGGAACCCAAGGCCCCUGAGCCAGCCUCGCCCAGGAGCAAGACAGAGAGCAGUGAGAAUGACUCCCCCCUGGAGAAGCGCCGGCGGGGCCGGCCCCCCAAGGCACACUGGGCCCCCGCCACUCCCAGCACUGAGUCACCCCCCAAGCGCAAGCGGGGCCGGCCCCCCAAGAACCCAGCUUCCCCCCGCGUGGAGACAGCAGCCCCCCGCCCUGGCUCAACCUCGGACCGUGACACCUCCGCCGAGAAGGAACUGCCCCCACCUGGCCGCAAGAGGAGGUGGAGAAGGAAGGAAGAGCCUAGCCAGGCCCCCAGUGAGAGCUCGUCGGAUGGCGAGGAGGCCCGCCCCCUCACCCGGCUGGCCCGUCUCCGGCAGGAAGAGAAGCUGGAGUCGGGCAGUGAGUGUUCGGCCCUGCUCCCAUCCCAGAGCGCUGCCCCUAAGCCGGAGCCGGACGGCACCUCCUCAGGGGAGAGCAGCACCUCCGAGCAGACCCCGGCCCGCUCCACCCGCCAGCGCCCUGGCAGCUUGGUGCCACCGCUGGAGCAGGAGCAUCAAAGGCGCAAGCGGGGGUGCUUGUCAGAGGGCGGCAAGUCCCCUGGGGCUGCCGGCUCAUCGGAGGACGACGGGGGCGGCGAGUCAGAGUCCUCAGCAGAGUUGAGCGGCGAGGAGGGUGAGCGGCGGCCCAAGCGCCGCCGCCGCCACGCAGGCCGAACCACCGGGAGCAGGAGGCGGCAGUGCCCACGGGGCAGUUCGGCCGACCGCAUCCUGCGAAGCGCCGCCGCCACCCCAGCCGGCAACACCCGCUCGGCCACCGGCACCACGCCGGGGGGUGUGGCUGGAGCCCCCACCCCCUCGGCCACCGCUGCUCCUGCCGCCAUGGUUACCUCCUCACUAAGUAUCAGAGGCCGCAAGCCCAAAACGUGACCACAGCCUGGGAGAUGCCAGAGUCGCUUCCCAUUGGGAUAGAUCGGAGCUCACCUACCCACUCACCCCCAUCCCCGCCCUUCUCGGGAAGCAGUACAGCCACUCUGGGCUUCCCACAUCUCUGCCAUCCCCGUCUGGACUGUUAAACCACUACUUGAACGCGGGAGGGGCUGGUGGCAUGGCUGUCUGGUUCCCCUGGCCCUGACACACGCUUGGCUCUGGGCACAAGCUAACCCAGCUGCAGGCCUCGGCAGCCUGGGGGGACCGUGCUGCUCCGCCCUGGGGAAGAUGCGGCCUGGGGGGGAACAGGGCUCCGCUCUGUGGCAUCACGGAGCAGGCAGGGCGCCAACCAAGGCAGGAGGUGUACAUGGUUCCACCUGGUUCUGGGCAUGGGAUUAGCCCAAGGCCCUGGCUGGAUUGGCCCAGGUGUUUCACCCCCUUUUUUUAUUUCUGUCCUCUUGCCCAAUCCAGGGUUGGUUCAAAUCCCCCCUCCUGCCCCCCCAGUGGAGGGAGCUCCCCCCGAGUUCUAAAAACUCGCCCUUUCUUUUUAACUAGCUUGGGUUGGUUUUUAACUGACGCGACCAAAUUCGCGGCCUCCCACUCCCGCCUGCGGUUUUUCUCGAUUUCCUUCCUGCUCUUCCAUGCAGGAGCCAGGUUGUCAGGCUGGGGCAGCCAAAUCUGGCCGCUGGGGACAGACUGGAACACGGGGUGCAGCGGCCCCCCAACACACAGGAGAAAUUGUCCUCUUUUUAAUUAUGUACAUUUCAGACUCACAGCUCCAAGGACUCUUGGGGCUCUGAUUGGUUGAACCCCCCCCCAACACACAAGCCCCCCCACCUUUCUCUUUAUGUACAGCCCUUGUUGUAAAAUAGGUUCUUUUGAACAUAAUCUAUGCAAAGGUUAUUUUGUAUAGGGGAGCACACCAUUCCCCCCUCCACGGCAGGACUGGGGGCGGCAGCGGUUCUCGGGUUGGGGGGGAGCGUGUGGUUGGGGAGCAGGGGGUGUAGGGACUGGGGGGGGGGGUGUUCCCAUGGAGCUGUCUUUCCUACUGAAGCAUGUUCAGAACGUGUACAGAGGUCCGAUGUAAUCUUUCUUCAGAAUAAUGCUAUGAAUAAAGUGUUAAAAAAAAAAAAAAAAAAA